UUAAUGACGUCUUCGACGGAGUCAGUAUAAGCCUAGUAUGAUAUCAAGCGUUUAGAUAAGUAGUCUCCGCGAAAUGUUAUGAGGGGAUCUAUUCGUGGCAGUGAAAUCACAAGUGAAAGGAGUCACCAACGCGUUGACGGCAGCAGACUACGUUUCGAGAGGGUGAGAGACGGAACCAUCUUCUGUGUGCACAUAACUCGGAUUUUUUAAACGCGGAAACAAACUUAGUAGAGACAUGUUUUUUUCCAAAACGUUUGGUCGUUUUGAGUUUAGCGUUGUUUUUGUUAUAUGUGCAAUGCUACCAUUGCCAUGGGCAAUUUCGGUGGAAGGAGCGAGUGUCCAAAACGUACAAAAAGAAGAAGACGGCCAAACCCGACAAUGCGAGCAAGAAUCGUGCGAACAACUUGAACUCCAGGCUAUCGAAAAUGAAUACCUAGACAACUUGCCCUUGAAACAGCUCGAUGGGAUAAAGAUUGGCCAUGAACGGAAACUUGAGCUCGCACCGGGACAGUUUUAUACAGUGAGAACACUAAGUCUUCGACCGCUGCUUUUCGAAAUUCCAAACUUCCUGACUGAUGAAGAGUGUGAGCACAUUAUACAACUGGCGGAAGAGAAAGAACUCACUAACAGUACUACUCUAGAAGAUAUGGAGGAAUACGACGAGGAACCUGAAGAAGUUGAUAUGAAUAUGGAAGACUUGUUUGAGGGUUUAGACGAAAACAAAGACGGUUUCCUUGAUGUGGACGAGAUCGUAAACAGUCUGGAAGUGGCUCAUGGCGGUUUCUUCUCCGAAAACGAUAUUAAAGAUAUGUAUAAAGACUUGAAUAUGGAUCCAGAUGGCGAUGACUUACUCAACGUCGGUGAGUUUGUAUCGGUCAACGAGUCCCUGAUCCGGGACUGGCUUGACGAAAGAACUGAAAGAGGUGGGGCGAACAAAGUACGACACAGCAAGCAGACGUGGUUACAACAGUCAUCUACAAACGACUCUGUUUUGAAUAUAUUGAGAGAAAAGGUCAUUAAUCUCACUGGUUUACCGAAGAAUGUGAUUGAGAACAGUGAACAACUGCAGGUGGUUUAUUACGAGUUAGGCGGCCAUUACCACGCUCACUACGAUUCAGAAGACGUUAUCAAGCAUGAGAAUGCCACAUGUGGACAGAUGGCGUUUAAUUUUUCUGACAAUGAUGAAAUGACGUAUAGGUUAUGUAGGUUCAUGACGAUACUGUACUACUUAAAUGACGUGGAAGAAGGCGGCGAGACUGCAUUUCCCAUUGCCGAUAAUGAGACGUUCACGACCGAGACACUGCGAGCUGCCGGAAAUAAACUGUAUGACCUAAGUAACCACUGUAAAGAUUCCAAUAUCGUCGUGAAACCUGAGAAAGGCAAAGCAGUGAUGUGGUACAACCACAUUAUCGAUGAGGAAACUGGUUGGAUGGGUGAUAUGGACAAUUUCACUCUCCAUGGCGGUUGUGAUGUUCACACCGGUCGCAAAUGGAUCGCCAACAACUGGAUCAACGUGGCAGACACGCCACAGGAACAAGCCGCGUUCGAUAAAUACAUAGUCGAAGUCUUCAGAAACGAAACUGCACAGAAACUUGAAGAGGAAAAGAAGAAGAAGAGCGCAGAUGAACCCGUCAGCAUCGAUGCUCCGCCACUCAAUAUUAAUGAUGCGUUUCCCGGGAAAGAUAUUCAAAUUGACAACAAAGAAGAACUGUGAUUUGUGAUCGCAAAUGUUGUAGGUGAUGUGGGAACGAGGCAUGGUUACUAUAUUAAACUUUGCGCCCUGUAAGGCCUGCCUUCCCAGUGUGCUUAUGUUUUAUACACCCCAUUAUAUGAAUGUGGUCAUAGCCAAUCAAAAAGUGUAGGCAGUCCACCAUGUCCAGCACAGCACUAAGUUAAUACACAUUUUGGCAAUAACCACAUUCACGCGCUAAUC